AUGGUUCUGUCUUUGAAUCACCUCCCAGAAGAAAUCCUUCAUUCAAUCUUACGCGCCUCUCCACCACAAUCUGCAGCUGCCUUGGAGCAAGUUAAUCGUCGAUUUGGCAAUGCGACCAACGAGCCUUUGUUAUGGCGUCACUACUGCCAAACCCAUUUCAACUCCUGGGGUAAACAGCAUGGAAUCUCUCGGAAGCUGGCUGACCCCGUAUCAUCGGUCAAUUGGAAAUCACUGUUCAUAUUAAGAUUUAACAUCGAUCGCUCUGUCUGUCGACUCCUAGAUAGUAUUCUUGCUAGCCAAACAGGGCGCAUCGAGAAAUUCCGCGCGGUCAUUGAUUUUGGCGUCGAUGCUCAGGACACUCUUGUCCACCAUAGCAGGGUAGAAUUUGGGGAGGAUCCCUUGGCGAGAAGGUACUAUGCACGGGCGCUCUUGACCUGCCUUCAUCGAAGUAUCGCAGUACCCGAAUGGGCCAAACUCAGACGUGGUGAACCUGUCGUGCUCGAACGUGCUCUGGCAGCUUUUGACCUUUUUAUUCCAGAGAGUGGGUUUGGAGAUUUGGAUCAGGCCAAAUGCAUGUUGGAUGGGAUUGUCGCUCGAUUUACACUUUCCCAUCCUGAUGUUAAUGGCCUGCGACCCCGAGAGAAGGCUCUAUUGCUCGCAUCCUGGCUUCAGGAUAAGGGCCUCACAGGGAUCGAGUCAGGACGGCCCUAUCAUUCCUUGGAGCAUAACUUCCUAGGGCUGGCCCUGGCAAGCCCCGGUCAUAAUUCUUUACCACUGAUAUCGGCCGUGAUUUAUUGUUAUGUCGCACAGCAGUUGGGAAUGAAUGCCCGCCCCUGCGGAUUUCCAUUUCAUGUCCACGUCAUCAUCUCUCCGCCGAUUGGCUUGGACAUGAACGGAAAUUCUCUGGUCAGCGAAGAACCCGGUGCUCCUAUUUAUCUAGAUCCAUUUCGAGGGGCACGGGAGACUCCAGUAUCCGAUCUACGUGAUCAGCUGGCCUUUCUUGGUGCCACGGAUGCCGACCAGGUGGAGUUCCUAGGAGGAUCAUCACCCUCCCAGAUCGUCUUACGCUGCAGCAAAAAUAUCUUGAACUCCAUUGACUCUAUUUCUCAUACCCCGGACACCACGGCAACCUCGAUGGAUGUGGUGGCUGCUAGGUACGCUGCGCUAUGGUCGUCAAUGCUUCUUUCUGGAGACUCUCGGCCCAUGGACCUAAGGCAUCAAUUGCCCUGGUUAAUGGAACUGUUCGCCACCGACUUUCCGUCUGAUAUCUUCCUCGUGGAACAGCAUAUAGUGCCGCUUUUUCGUGGACUCUUUGAGCAUGAGCAUAUCUUGGAGAGUCUUCAUGUCAUGCGCGCGGUGGAUGAAAUUCCAAAACAGGUCCGGCGACGGUCCGGUGAGAAUAACAACAUCCGGUACAAGGUCGGGCAGGUUUUCCAACAUCGCCGUUACCAUUACCGGGCCAUCAUCACUGGGUGGGACUCGGAGUGUGGUGCUGGAGAGCCAUGGAUGCGGCGCAUGGGGAUUGAUCGGUUGCAAGCGGGCCGGCAUCAAAGCUUCUACCAUGUUCUUGUCGAGGACCGAAGUGUGCGAUACGUUGCGGAAGAGAAUAUCGAGCUUAUUCUACCUGAAAUACUGGAGCUGCCGCAAAGCCUCACGACAAUCGCGGGUAAGCACUUCAAGCGGUGGGAUGAGACCAACCGGAUAUUUGUUAGUAAUGUGCGUGAUGAGUAUCCGGAUGACUAG